GCAGCGUCGGCUGUUCAAGCUGCACCGCGACUUGCUCAUGGAGGACAGCAGUCCGCCGCUGGCUUUGGAGUGAAGAUGGCAGCCGUCGCUUCUUGCACAGCAGCGGCUGUUGGCUUGGCUUCCAGCCGGAAGCGCUCCAAGACCGCGGCACGCUACACCACGCAGACGAUCCUGCCGUCCCUCGCCUGGAUCAAAUCGGGCGUGAAGGCUUCCGAGCUGCAGCCCAAGCAGCUGAAAGCCCUGACGCUGGCCGGAAACGAUGUGCUGAUCGGCAAGACGGAGGCUGGGGCGCUCUUCUGCGUGGGCACAGAGCGGGCAAAGAUAGGCAACGGCGUGCAGUCUUUCGAAACAUGGAGGUCGCCUUCGUUGCUCCCGUCACGUCGAAGUCUUUGCCCACGGCGCAGCUCGCCUCUUCAGCUCCAGCUCCACAAGGGCCCUCCUCGCCCUCCACGCUCCUUGGUGGGUCUGCAGCGCUUGGUGCGGCAGCGGUGGUGGCUCUGGCCUCCAGCUCGGGGAGGAGGCGCGUGGCGCGGAGGGCCGAACAGGAACUGGCCAAGUUGCCCAAGCACAUGCAGCCUGUGGACAUGAACAA